GCAGGACAAAAAUGAUUUCAAUAGAAAACACAAAGACUGUAUGUUAGUAUUUGUGGUUGAUAGGUCUGAAGCGUUUCGAAUCAAGUUGAAAAUGCAUGCCUAAAUAUCGGUGUUGACUAAUACAUGUAUAACAUUGAGGCAUUUUAAAGUUAAAUGUUUAUCAAACUUUAGUUUGGAAUAUAAUUCAACGAGUGUUAUUACAUCACGACACAUGUAAACACAUCCUAAACAUUAGAUCUCUUUGUUGUGCACACUGGAGAGUCUGAAGGAAAAAUAUGCUUUAACAGUCAUUAAAUGUAUAAUGAGUGGUGAACAUAAUGCACAUUCAACCAAGUACGACAAGCUCGUUAUCAGUGACAUGUGACCCUGAAUGAGAAAUUCAAUAGUGCAACAAUUUACAAAUCGACAAAGAUAAAUCAAAGGCGGAAGUAUUCGCCAUGUAGUUAAACUAAGUUCUGUUUCAUUUUUAAACGGAAGUAUAUCGAGUUUGACAAUACAUGCAUUAUCAUUAUAUGGAUUAAGCUUGGGAUGUUCGUAGUAUGAAUAAUGGAAUAAAUGUGUUGUCAUUCGUGUUAUUUUCUAGUGCAGACGCCACGCUGUGAUGAUAACAACGCCCAAGAUUUGCUUAUUCUUAAAUCGAUGGACUUCGCUGACACACAUGUUUCAAACGUUCAUACUAAUGCAUAGAUUUUCCUAAUCAAGCGCAAAGAAACUAGAACGAAAGUUUAAUGUGAGAUACCUGCAAGGUUUACGGAGAAAGUCAGUUAAAACACGUUGAAGGAGAUAAAGACAUAGAAGAAUAUAUAAUAGAAAAAAUGGGAAAGCUAACAAACACGAAUACAUGGUCGGUCUACUCUUCUGGAGCACUUCUGUUCGCACUUUCCGGUGGAUUUCUUGUCCUUGUCGGGUUUGUGAUGCCCUACUGGGUUACAUUUGGCCAUAAACCUUGUAUUGGCAACAGUUCAUACGGCGUUACCGUGUACGUUAGCGUCUGGUACGGCAUGGUAUGCGAUAUGGACAACCCGACGUACUGCCGGAUGAAGGGUAUUCGGCCACAGACCAGUAACAACUUUAAUUUCAGCCAACUAGCUGGGUGUAAUGCGGAAUACCUUUCGGUUAGAUUGGCUUCCGGACUAGGUGGCUACGAAUUAUGGACGGCUGUGCAGAUUGUGACGUCAGUCGGUCUCGUUCUGAUAUUCGUGGCCUCAAUUAUGGUAGAGGCUUGGAGAUGCGGAGGGUACCGUAACAGAGGAUUUGUUGCUGCAAUAUCUAGUUUACUCAUCCUGGGAGGAGUUGCUGUCCUUGCGAUGGUGAUACUAGUUAUCGUAGGCCUUGACCAAUUCUUCGACGUACCGAAGAUAUUUGAAAAGGUUCCCGGAACGUUUGUGUGGUCCGUUCUCACUUCCGGUAUUGGUGCCCUUCUAGCGCUCGCGGGAGGUUGCCUAGCGACGGUGGAAGUUCGCAAAUGGGAAGAAUUUAGUGAAAAAUAUCGCCAAGAUGAUACUAAAGACGGUCUGAUGGAAACCGCGCAAGGAACUUCUUCGGGGCAAACCAACAAAACUUUCAGUAUCGAGGAAUCAAGUAGUGCUGAUCAAAGAGGUUCCCGUUCAUCUUCUAGUGCUUCCGAUGACAUGGGUGGUGUUCGACAGCGGGGGCAGGUCGAUAAAGGUUAUGAUAGUGGCACUAGAAAAAAUAGCGAAGAAUAUCCCUAUGCUGUGUCUAUGAAGCAAAGCAAACGACAGGUGAAAGAAUCGUCUUCGGGGCAAACCAACAAAACAUACAGUAUUGAGGAAUCCAGUAGUGCUGUUCAAAGAGAUUCCCGUCCAUCUUCUAGUGGUACCGAUGACAAUGAUAGUAUCCGAAAACGGGGGCAGGUCAAUAAAGGUUAUGAUAGUGGCACUAGAAAAAAUAGCGAAGAAUAUCCAUAUGCUGUGUCUAAGAAACCAAGCAAACGACAAGCGGAGCAACGAAAUGACCAUAUUCAUACUACUGAACUCUAACCUAUGCGUUUGAUUGAUUGUAAACGAUUUGCAGUAAUAAAAUGUCUCGCAUCCUUAUUAUGACAUAAAACAACCAUUCAAAAUACGAAAACUACACAAUGAAUUUAUGUUUAGCCCCUGCUAAAUAACAUGUAUAGCUGUCUGGUGCUGGAUGUAAAAACACUACAAUCUGACAGUUUUCUUUUAAAGGGAUCUUUUCACGCUUUGGUAAAUUGACAAAAUUGAAAAAAGUUGUUUCAGAUCCGCAAAUUUUCGUUUUAGUUUUGAUAUUUGUGAGGAAACAGUAAUAAUGAACAUUUACCAUGCUCUAAUAUAGCCAUUAUAUGCAUGUUUUGACGAUUUUAAAACCUAAAAAUUAUAAAGCGUUGCAACGCGAAACGAUUGAAUAAUUUGGAGAGAUCUGUUUUUGUCGUUAAAUUUUCUGAAACUACGAAGAUUGCUUACAUAAGGUAUAAAAUACGUCAAGAAUGUGUACUCGGCGGAAUAGCUCAGUAGGCUAAAGCGUUUUUACUUCUGGACUCUGGCAGGACUCCAGGGGUCACUGAUUCGAAACCUGCUCCGGGCAAUGUUCUUUUCCUUUUUUUAAUUUUAUUCUUGAUUUUUACUGGUGCUUUUACGAUCCAAUGUUUACAUUUAUCAAUAUAAAGCAUUUAAUGAAUAAGUUAAAAAAUGCCAAAAUCUGUGAAAAGGCCCCUUUAACCUCGACUAUUUGUAUGCAUGACAGAAAAUCAUUUUGUAAAACAAAGUAUAUGUAUUUUUUUUAUUGGACCAUACUGUGUUUAGUUUUACAAUUUAUAUUGGUUUUAAAAGGUUGUGUGCUUUUUUUAGUUACCACUGCAAAAGUAAAAAAAACUUGCACAAUUAAUAUGUUAUGCAAGUGAAGCAAUCAGAUACAUGUAUUAUGUCCAUAUAUUUCACAUGUUUAUGUUCAUGUUGUGAACGUAAUAAAAUUGAUACAAUGAACUACAUUUUAUUUUAAAGAAUGUGCAUUGCAUCACAAACUCGUCAUUACAUAUUAUUUGGUCUAACAAAUGUUUUCUUAAUUUUAGUUCGCAAAUGUCUAGAAGAUGUUCCAUGAACAACAUGUAUGUAUCUUAAUUAUAAUAUGCAUGGAGCAUUAAAAUUGCGUUUAACAUAAUUUGGAUCUGAGGAUUCUUUGUACUGUCUGAAACUCUGCUUCUACUGGUAACAUUUAUGUUUGUUUUAAUUAUUUUGUUCAGGCAUGUAUAAAUGUGCACAUCAUAUGUUAUUCAAACGCUUUGAUUAUUCAAUUUAUCAUAUAUAUACGCCCAUCAUCAGCUUUUUAGGUUUGCUUUAACGCUAUUGAAUCAUGGCAUGAUAAGUAUUAAGUAUUAUUAAAAAUAUAUGUACCAUUU